CCAACCUCGUUUAGUUUGGUCAGAAACCUCAACAAAUUAACAAGCCCCCGAAAAAGUGAAGCGGAAAAUACAAAUACGAUAAAAUAAAUAAAAGUCAAAGGAAGAAGAAAAAAAAAAAAAAAUAAAGUGUUGAAUAAAAUAAAAUUUGAAAAACAAAAAAAUAAUACUAAACAUUUGUGAAUAGCAAUCAAAUAAUAAAUCAAAGCAAUAAAGUGGAAGAGUUUUAAAGAACAAACGACAUCGACAUUAAAGGCCAUUAUUUUACAAAAAAUAAAAAAAAAAAAUUAAUUAACACAUUUUGUGACAUCAAAUUUGUUAAGCCAGAGCUUGCAUAAAACACAUUUCAAGCCAAGAAAAACGUAGAAAAAUAAUAUAUAAUAAAAUGUUGGAAACCGAGCUUAUGCAACAACCCAAUCUCUCUGGCCCCAAGGAUGGCGAAGAUUUUGAUCCCUAUGUCUGCACUUUGAAUCCCGAGCUGAAGGCCGUUGCCAAAGAGGAACUUCAUGAGGAUGAGAAUAUUCGCAAACAAGCAGUGGCCCAAUUCCGCGAAUGGAUUGCCAAACACCCUCACAUUAAGAAAUGUCGCACCGAUACCAUUUUCCUUUUGCGUUUCUUGCGCACCAAGAAAUUCUCCGUACCAGCAGCCUGUGAAAUGUUGGAGCGUUAUUUAACCAUACGCCAAUUGUUUCCCCAAUGGUUCUCCAAGUUGGACAUUGAAGAUCCGGCCAUGAGUGAAAUAUUUGACAAUGGUUAUCUGGUACCCCUGCCCCAGCGUGAUGAGAAUGGUCGUCAGAUUAUUUUAUCGGUGGCCUCGAAAUUUGAUCCCUACACCUAUACGUCAGUGCAAAUGGCUCGCAUACAUUCAUUGAUCUGUGAAGCCUUGUUGGACGAUGAAGAGUCUCAGGUGGCCGGCUAUGUGCAUGUUAAUGAUGAAAGUGGCAUGCAUAUGGGUUUCGUAAGUCUCUGGUCGCUGACCGAUUUGAGAAGUAUUCUCAAGUGUAUACAGAAUUCAACACCCAUGCGUCACAAGGAGACACAUUUCAUUAAUAUUCCCCACUAUGCCAACAGAAUCAUAGAUUUGGCGGUAUCCAUGUUGACGGAUAAGCUGAAAAAGAGAAUAAUUGUCCACAAAAACAUUGAUGCUUUGAAGAGUAAAAUCGAUCCCGCAAUUUUACCCAAAGAAUAUGGCGGCACUGUGCCCCUGGCCGAUAUGAUCAAGGAAUUCAAAUUGAAGCUGCAACAGAAGAGAGCCACUAUUCUGGCUUUGGAUGAUAUGCACAUUGAAAUCACCAAGGAUGCUGCCAGUUUUGCCGGCAAUGAUGUUGGAGAAAUCGAUGCCGGCGUUGUGGGUAGUUUUAGAAAGUUGGAGGUGGAUUAAGCAUUGUCUUACAAACCAAACAGGCUUCCAUGCAAACGAGCAAAAAGCGCUUUAGAACAGACAACAAAUCUUCAGAAAUCUUCUCACAAGUGAAAAACAAAAUACAUACCAAUAAAAUUAAAUACCCAUGUAUAUGUAUUAAAAAACACAAAAUUAUUCUAUAUCGUAUAUGAAUAGUAUUAGGUUUUUCUCCAAUGUUUUUUUUUUCUUAUUUUGUCUUUGUUUAAAUUAUGUUAUACAUGUUUUGUUUUACGAUUUUAUAUAUAUAGAUGAAGAAAAAGAAAGAGUGGAGAAAGACAAUGAUUAUGCAAGCAUGUGAUAAGUUAUGUGUAGUUACCUUAAUAUUGAGCAUGUAUUGGCCACCAUUUUUUCCCCCAUAACCAAUUAAUCCCAUCUAUUGAUAUUUAGAAAGUUUAUUUUUUGCGAAUAUUUCCUUAAUUAAAGGAAAUUUCAUUCUAAAA